AUGGUUGAGCUACAAUCCAUCUUCAAAAAAGCCUAUUGGACGCUGGCAGCUGGCGGCUUGCUAUAUGUUCUUUUCAUAUGCGCCGUUACUUUCCCAGAGAUUCAACGCUUUGUUCUCUAUGCUCAUAAAUUCAACCCAAGUUACUGGCAAAAUCUGAAUCAAGUGGAACAAUUUGGAUUCUUAAAAACCCAAGUUCAACCAUUCAAUUUGGUGACGCCCGACAAUGAAACACUUUACGGCUGGCACCUUCUACCUCUGCAUCUUGUGCACGAGCAUGAGAAGGAGCUGAUGGAAAAUACACCAUUCGGUCCAUCAACAGACUACACAGAGACCGUUGCAUUCAAAAUUUUGGCCAGUAACCCCAACUCCAGGGUUGUGGUGAGCUUUCAUGGAAAUGCAGCCCAUCUGGGAUCUGCCAAUCGACCAAAUGGGUACAAUACCCUACUUGGCCUAUCAACUCCCGAAAACCCUGUUCAUGUGUUUGCGAUUGACUAUCGUGGAUAUGGGUUAUCCACCGGAAAUCCUACUGAAGAAGGCCUGGUUACUGAUGGUGUCUCCCUACUUAACUUUCUUACAGCGGGCCCCCUGUCAAUUCCAACAUCACGAAUUGCCAUUGUGGGUCAAAGCCUAGGCACUGCAGUUACCGCAGCCGUCGCCGAGCGUUUUGCAUAUGGAUCGCCCGACCCGAAAGCGAUCCAGCCAACUAUCAAGGAUGCCGAGCCGUUCGCUGGGGUCAUCCUACUUGCAUCUUUCAGCAGUAUUUCCAAUGUACUUGAGUCGUAUAGCAUCAAGGGAUUCACCCCACCAAUGCUCUCGCCAUUGCUUGGCUACCCUCGCUUCCAAAAUUGGGUGCUCAGCCACAUAGUGGACCAUUGGGAUACAGCUGGAAGAGUGGCUCGCCUGGCGGGUAUCAAUCCAGCAGAGCCGGAUGUGUCAGGUUUGAAGUACUCUCAGAAGGAUCUGGAUCUUACGAUUGUGCAUGCCUUGAAUGACGCGGAUAUCCCGUGGUACGAAGGACGCCGAGUUUGGGUGGCUGCUACUGGUGAGAACAUCGAGGGUGCACCUGGAGCUAUAACUUUCGAGAAAUUUGAAACCGGCAGCUCCAACCAGAUCCAGGUCUGGGAGAACAGCUUCCUUGGCACAGAUGGAAAACAGGUCGUGAAGAGAGUUCGGUGGGAGCGCAUCCGAUACGGAGGUCACAACCGGGUCGCUUCAUCCUCUGUUGCAGGUCUUGCGGUCCUGAGGGCUUUUGAAAAUUGA